CUAUGUCUUACCAACAGCAGCAGUGCAAGCAGCCCUGCCAGCCUCCUCCUGUGUGCCCACUCCCAAAAUUGCCAGAGCCUUGUCCUCCCCCAAAGUGCCCUGAGCCUUGUCCUCCUCCAAAGUGCCAUGAGCCUUGUCCUCCUCCAAAGUGCCCUGAGACUUGUCCUCCUCCACAGUGCCCUGAGCCAUGCCAGCAGAAACGCCCUCCUGUGCAACCUUCUCCACCCUGCCAGCAGAAGUGCCCACCAAAGACUAUGUAAUGACUUCAGCUCUCAUCAGGACCAAGAGAGGAAAAGAACAUCUAUUUCAUCAACUUCCUUAGAAACACUUCCUUCUUCACUUAAAGCCUCUCAUGGAUGCAGAAGAAUCUUCUCCACCCUUCACCCUCCAUGUGUCUGUGAUCACCUGAUAGGGAAGGCAUUCCCCUGAGUUUGUGCUGCUUCUGUUGUAAAGGGUCUCCUGAAUAUGAUCCUUCCUCACUGGUUCAGUGUCUCAGAUGCUCUGAGUGAAGAGACGCAGCUUUCCACCCUGUGCA